AUGGCCACGGUGAACCUCCGUCGCGCCAAAUGUCGCCUCGAGAGCUACUGGCGUCCGUUGGUCAGCAGGAAUCGACUGGCGGAUCGGAUGAGCUUUUUGGUGACACCGGUUACUGGCAUCAGUUCGAUCGAGGCGCUGACACCGACGACGCGAGAGCUGAAGCUCAGUCCGAUGCCAAUGAGAGUCCCCAUUGACAAAAGGCCUGAAGCGGUUGUCCACGAGAAGCUUGACGUCACCCGCGAUCGGGGUCCGUCUAUUGGGGUGGAAAGCACGAGAUGCUGCCGAGAGACAGAGACGCGAGGACCUGACGUUGUCCACGACCACGAGAGAGCUCGACAGAAUCACGCAGAUGCAGAUACUGCUACUCCCGCUCUCAAAAGUCCAGUGCGUGACCAGGUUCCUGGCUCGCAAAUCACUGCGACAGGAUUACAGCAGGUGUCCUCGACUACGGGCACAACGGAAAAAUCAUCCUCAGUCUCACCCGUCGAACAAACAACCACACGAGUGGGCAAAUUACCUGGAGACAGCUCGACCAGUUCGUCAUUGCAAGAGAUGCCUCCUCCAGACAAGUUAGCGCGCGUGGCAGGUCCAACACUGGGCUCGAUCCUGCAGCGGAUUCACCUCAACGAUGGCGACGUGAGUGAGCUCGACUUCUCGGCUCUUGCACAGCACAACAAGCGGCUCGAAUCGGAAGGCUGUGCUCUCGUCGCGCGCUCGCUGUCGACGAAUAACACUGUCCGGAAACUCAUCAUUCGCGACCACGACAUUGGAGACGGCGGGGCGGUCGCUCUCUCGAAGAUGCUGUGCACCAACACGACGCUGGAGUCCUUGGAACUCAAUGGGAACAACAUCAGCGACCGAGGAGCGGAAGCGCUCGCGCAGGCACUGUACGGACACGACACGUUGACGUACUUGUGUCUCGAGAACAACUUGAUCAGCGAUCGUGGCGCCGAUGCUCUGGCACAAGCCAUCCGUUGCAACUGUACGCUCCGGUUUCUGGGUCUGGUGCACAACCGCAUUACGGGGAAGGGGGCUCAGGCGUUGCUCGACGCACUGGAUGUCAACAUGAACUUGGAGAUCAUUAAUCUUGGUGCAAAUGAUGUCCCGACGUUCGUUGGCAGCCAAUUGGCCGCGACACUAGCGCGCAAUCGCGCCGAGUCUUUGCUGCUCGGGUCGCACGCGGCAGAGGCGAUGGCAGACGAGAUCGUCGACCGAGAGAAGGCCGGUAGAUUUUUGGAUACCGAAGACGAAGGUGAGGACAGCAGCGGGAUGGAAGAGGAUUGGGAGGAGGAGGGCGAGAGUGCGUCGAGCGGGUUUGUAAGUUGCUCUGGCGCGACGGAUAGUCCGUCGAGUAGCAGCGGUCUAUGGAUCUAG